CAAGCCGCCCACCUGAAAGCGAAGAGAGAAAGUCUGUGUCUCUCUCUGGUUCACUAACAAACAUUUAUUUAUUUCGCUCUCUCUCUCUCUUCGCUUAUUAAAUUACCACCCGAUUCAUGGCAUAACCCCUACAGCAAAUUUUUGUCAAUGCACAAGGAAUCAUCAUCAUUAACAUCAAGAAGAACAGCAGACUUCGCCAUGAAAUCCGAGGACGGCGAGACCCAAGUACUCAGCCCAUGGUCUUCCUCGCCACGGGGACCCGCGGCGGCUCCGUCUGCCACGACUUCGGCGUCGCAGUCUACGUGGCGUCGCUGGGUGCGGCUGCUCGCCUCGUUUCGGCCGCGCACCCACGAGCCCACCACUACGACGGUCACCAUGCCGGCCACGGUGGCCGCCAUCAUGGACAACUCGUCCAUACAGCGCAUCACGCUGAUGCUGGGCUCCAGCCUCAUGUGGACCAUGCUGGCGGUGCUGGGCCGGCGCAGGCACUCGGUGGAGCACACGGCCCGCCUUCUCUUCUUCGUAAGCCUGGGCGCUUUCGUGGGCGUGCUCAGCUGCACGUUGCGUAUGACGCGCCCCCACGGAUCCAUCGCCGUCAACGCUUCUGUGGUCGUGCGCGGCUUCACCACCGCCUUCGCGUUCGCUGCCAGCUACGCUUGUGCAUUCAUUCUUCUGAGCACGGUUUUAAGAGGAAGCUUUAGCUCGCCGCCGAGCCCAUGCUGCCUGUUCGGAAUUUGGUUCAUGUCCUUGAUACAUCUCCGCAUCGUAGACUCUGCGGCGCUGACAAGCAUGGCACCCGUUCUGGCAGGCCUACCCACCAUGGCGGGGUCAAGGACACAGAGACCUGUAUGGUUCGUCUUCUCGCUGACGUGCCUGGUAACGGCCAUGGGGCUACUGUUGUACCAGGACGAAGGGAUGGGUUCGCAGAGACUGCUGAGCUUUGGGUGGGCCUUCCUGUCUGCCUGCCUGGUCGCUGGCCAAGAGUUUUUCGCGCACACCACGAAGGAUAUCCCCCAGGGGGUGCUGCUGCUCCACUCGUCCUUCACAUCGCUCCUCUUCUCAAUCCUGCUCGCCGGCAACGUGCUCGAAAGCCCCAAGGCGCUGCUGACCAAGGUCGACAUGGGUGAGAUGAGUAUGGCCAGCCAGACGGCGUUCGCCUACGUCUUCUUCGUGUCCAAGGCGCGCGAGACGGACCAGGGACUGGCGAACAUGUACAAGUACGCCAUGGACGUGCUCAUGGCGUGCGCUCUCACGUGGACGUUCCUGCCCGAGCAUGUCGUGCCACGUUCCAGCUACGGAGCGGCCGUUUUCGUUCUUUGCGCCGUCGUGACGGCCGAGGUGCAGCGGCUGCACUACAUGCCUCGACCUGCGCCAGGCGCCAGAGUCCGCAUGCGCUUCUUCAUGUGA